UUGCUCUGCUUGUCAAUUGAACACAGAAGCUACUCAACAGGAAAAUCCGAUUAUAUACUGGAAACCGUUGUUAAACGAUCCGGCAGCCACCAGCUCUAUCCCGGCAAUGUCGGCGAUGAAACUAUCUCAGCCACCGCCUUCUGCCGCAGUAUGCACUCUCCGAAGCUCUCUUCUCACUCUCCUAUUGUAACCCUCGUCUCAUUCACUUACCUGUCCCUUAAACCCCUGCACUCCCCUUCUCUCCGAUCAUCCCCCUCUGCUACACCAUCCCCUCUCACAGUGCAACGCCUUCUGCCCAAGGUUGUUGGAGAUGCAGGCGUGGAUCAUGCCGAGAAAGUGUUCGUGCCAGAAAAGGAAGGCCGAGACCCGAGUGAUGACGCGGAAGACGACAUUUACCAUCUGCCCAAGGUGUUCAGGUUGAAUUAUGAGGAGAUGAUGAGGCAAAUUAAGGUGUACAUAUACUCUGAUGGAGAUCCGAAUACUUAUUACCAGACGCCGCGAAAGCUUACCGGUAAAUACGCCAGCGAAGGAUACGUUUUUCAGAAUCUGAGGGAGAGUAACUUCACAACGGAUGAUCCGGAUCGGGCGGAUUUGUUCUUUAUCCCAAUCUCUUGUCAUAAGAUGCGAGGCAAGAUUAGGGUCAUACUGGCGCAAGUAUGGGAAAAUGAUACUGAACUUGAUAUUUCAAAUAAUAGAAUUAACAGGGCAACUGGACAUUUGGUGUAUCAGAAGAGAUUUUACAGAACAAAAUUUUGCAUUUGCCCUGGUGGCUCUCAAGUCAAUAGUGCUCGUGUAGCUGACUCUAUUCAUUAUGGAUGCAUACCUGUGAUACUCUCUAAUUACUAUGACUUGCCUUUCAAUGACAUUUUGAACUGGCACAAGUUCUCAGUAGUCCUAAAGGAGAAAGAUGUCUACCAACUGAAGCAAAUUCUUAAGAACAUUACACAAGAAGAAUUUGUCAUGCUGCACAACAAUUUGGUGAAGGUGCAGAAGCACUUCCAGUGGAACACACCUCCCCAGGAUCACGAUGCAUUCCAUAUGGUCAUGUAUGAACUUUGGUUACGCCAUCACGUGAUCAAACUUGACCACUGGGCUGCUCUGGCCCAUGAAUCCGCCUGUUCCGGCUCGUUGACCUAA